GCUAGGGUUUUAUAGAAUUACAGUAGAAGGGGUUUAUGCAAUUAUUUUUGGCACACUGCGCUCCGACUUCCAGAAUCUCGAUCCAAGUUUCUCUAGGAGCUCCUUGAAAUUCCCAGACUUUCAACCCCUCUUAGGUCGUCUUUGUCUCUAACUCUUAACUAAAUGGGGAAGAAGAAGAAAUUCAUUGACAAGAAGAAAUCCGCAACUUUCCAAUUACUCGCACGCGACUCAUCCGACCCCAACUACGACGGCACGCCCGGAAGCGACCGAGUCUUCGUUCGAGUCGACAACAGCUCUUACUCUGUCGAUGCUUUAUUUCCCGACGACAAUGCCCAGCUCUCCGGCACUGUUGGUGGCGAGGACGAUCCCAAUUCGAUAUUCGACGACGCCCCGAACGAUUACGACGACGGAGAGGACGAUGACCUCGUUUCUGGGAGCCUAGCACGGUCGGUGGACCACUCUCUGCCUGAGCACGUGAGGAAGGAGAUUUUGGAAUUGGGCUUUCCUGAUGAUGGUUACAAUUACUUGGCCCAUUUAAGGGAGAUUAAGAAUACCGGAGGUGGUUCCGCUUUUUAUCAGAAUCCCAAGGCAAAGCUCGAUCAGCUUCCCCGUGAUGUCAAGGCAUAUGAUGCUUCAAGGUUGCAUAUUUCCGAUGUUGACGGUGAUCCCGAUGUAAAGUCCAUAUACAGUGUGGCAUCGAAGACGCUUGGGUUGAGGGUUCAGAGACCUAUUGAUGUAGAAGUGGCUGCAUUGCUUGAUGAUAGUGAUGCCUCGCGGUUUGCUUCUGAUGUUGAGGACUUGGAAGAGGACUUUGUUGUUCAGGCAAAUGCAGAGGAGGGUGUAUGUACAAAUCAGAGGUUAAGUUUAAAUGAGCAAUCUCUGUCCAAACAUGCGAUUGAUGAUGAAGCUGAUACUUUUGAUCAAGCUGACAACAUCCUCAGAGAUGGAGUUAGCAAUGCUGAAAAGCGACGCAAUGAUUCUGUUCUUGAAAAGCCACGUGUUCGUCGACUUUUGGAUGAGCAAUUUGAUUUACUGGAGCGCCAGGAAUAUGGUACUGAUGAUGAGGAUGAUGACUAUGGUUAUAUAGCUGAUGAAGAUGAAUUCCUUGCAGAGAAGCUCAAACACUCCCUUGAUGAUCGUGUGAAGGAUGACUUUGAACUUGGUGAGGAAUAUAAGGCCCCUGCAGAUUUAAUACAUGCAAGUGAGAAAACUACAAAUACAGAGCUACUUGAUUCUGCUAGUCAUGUAAUUCGCCGUUGCAUGGAAUAUGCGGAGAAGUAUGAGAAUGAGGAUCAAGAUGAAGUUGUGGUUGUUGCAGAAGAAAGUAGUGAAGAGUCGGAAGUUUGGGAUUGUGAGACCAUAAUUUCUACAUAUUCGAAUCUUGAUAAUCAUCCUGGUAGAAUUGAUGCUCCACAAGCAACUAGAAAGAAGAAGCUUUCUGAAACUGUUUCUGGAGCCUUAAAUUCCAGCAAUCAUGUAAUAACCCUUAAAGGAAAGGAGAAGCUACCUAUAGACUUUUUGCCUCGCAGUAGAAAAACUGUAGAAAAGGUGAAAGGUGAGGCUACAGUGAAACCUGAGCAACAGAAGAGGACGCGACAAAAUGAGGAGUCAAAGGAAGAGAAGAAGGAACGAAAGGCUGCUGUAAAGAUGGAAAGGCGUGAAGCACGACGUGCGAAAAAAGAAAUGAAGGAGCUUUACAGGGGUGAAGCACAACAUGCUCAGAGAAUUGCUGCUAUAUCCGGGCCAUCUUCCAUUCGUCUUGCUUAAGUAUGCUGGAUAAGAAUUAAUUGUAAUUGCUCUGGUUUUUGCAGUUAAUUUGAAUUUUUGUUAGUGCAUAUGUAAGAGUUGCCAAGUCAUUGUGGGAUCCCCUUUUCAUUGUAUUAUGUGAAAUUCUUAUAGUCCAACAACUGCUUUUUAUUUAUUUACUUUUCUAUUGUGAUUCA